CUUGACUUGACUUGAUCUGAUUUUGACUGUCACUUGUUUUCUUGUUUAAUUUGCUAGUCUACUACAAGCAAAAUAUACCAUUUCAAAUUAUUUGAAAAUCAUAAGAUUUCUUUGAAGAGUAAAAAUGCCAGCCGAUGUUCCAGGAUAUUUGUACGCUGGGGCAAUAGCCACUGGUGGUAUUAUGGGCUAUGUAAAAGCAGGUUCGAUCCCGUCUUUAGCUGCUGGGCUUAUUUGUGGUACAGUUCUGGUCAUUGGGGCCUACCAAACUAGUCAAGAUCCCUCUAACUAUGGACUUCAGCUGGGUACCAGUUCCCUACUAGCAGGUCUUAUGGGAUUCAGAUACUACAAGUCUGGCAAAAUAAUGCCCGCAGGUGUUGUUAGUUUGUUGUCUAUAGCUAUAAUCUCUAGGAUUGGUAUUAGAGCUUUGAAUAAUCAGGCGACUAAAUAUUAAGUGGAUAAAGAGUUUGUAUUUUUAGGUUUUAAAAUGUGUUAUGCAACAGUAGAUAAAUGUUCAGCUAUGUUUCAAUUAAUCAAUUGUUAAAUUCUCUUGAGGUGUUUAGUUGGGUCUAUAUACAUCACAUUAUUAUGUAUUUUUGUUACUUAAGCGUACCUACAUAAUUUAUAAAAAGUUUAUUAGUAGACCAAAGUAGGCCCACUGCCAAAAAUGCAACAGUAGUGUUAUGUAUGCCCUCUGAGGUUUUGGUAAUUAUGCAUAUGCUCGUCAACGUGCAAGUCAAAUUAGCGGGUGACCGCGGGACUUGCGGUGAAGAAGUUAAUUGUUUAUUGGUAAAAACAAAAACGAGCUUUGGAAUGAUAGUAAAACGUAUGACGAGCGUACCAAUCGAUAUGUUAUGAAUAAAAAUCCAUCGGAAAACGAUCGGCAUAUGGUGUACGUGGGAUCAAAGGAUCGGCCCUAAAAUUCAAAAAUGAGAAAUUUUAAGGGUGAACGCCGACCCUUGGAUCCUACGUACUGGGUGAUUGUCUAUAUUUUGCACCCACACCUAUCUCACCUGUUUGAAGAGAUACCUAGAAAUGUCUAGUGUGAAAGGACCCCGAACACUUCUUAUGGGAUUUUGGUUGAACGCGGAAUUUAACCAAAUUUUGGUAUGUUGUAUAUUUCGACCUCCUGAGUAAAAGUUCUCAUGGGUACAAACCGAUCCUAUGACUAGUUUCGGAUAUACAGGGGGUUUUCUUAUACUACCUUAGGCAACCUAAGUACCUAUAUAAAGUAUACAUAAAGCAAGAAAACGCAUGUAUUGCUUUAAAAGUUGUUUAUUUCAUCUUUCCUUAACUAAAAAUGUUUAGUAGGUGUUCGUAACUCUUCCUUCAUAUACCAGGGACGCUCAAAAACUAUGGCUAUUACUAAGCUAAAUGAGUUAAUGACCAAAAAUGUUCAAAAGUGUGAAAAAUUGUGUACUUGUAGGUACUCAGAUACUUUGUUUUGUGAUAAAAGUGAUUUUCUAUCUCAAUGAAUUCCAGUUCUUGCUACGGUUGUGCUAAAAACUUUUUGCCUCAUGAUCCCUAGGGUUUAGGUGUUUAGAUAUUAGGUAUACAUACACUUGGUGAUUUGUUUGAAAAAUCUAAACAGCCAUGGAAAGAAAAGCAAUGAAAAUUGUUUUUUCAUGUGUCAUAUUUCACUUGGUAACCAUGGUAACCAAAACAGUGACCCUGUCAAUAAAGCGAAUUGUCUUUUUUGUCACCUUUCUUGUGAAAAUGGCAGUUCGGGAAAGGUAAUGUGCUACGUGUGCGAUAGAGGACUAGAGUAAGAGUAAAUCCCACUGUUUUAUUACUGAAAGAUGCCGAAGUCCGUAGAUUGGCUGUAAAGCGUCGAACCGAGUUAGGAUUUGAGGAUGAAAACCCUAUUGUUGAAAACUCAAGGUGGAUUUUGAUAUUGAAACAUAAACGAUAACGAUUGGUCGGAAAAUGAGGUUUCCCUGCAGGUUAUAAUCACUUUACAAUGCAUGAGGUGCAAAUGGCAUCUUGCGACCAAUAAGCGGCAUUGUUUAUGUUUCAAAAUUAACAGUGUCAAGUCAAAAUCUAUCUUGGGAAAAAUACAGUAUAUAGUUUGUCAUACUUCUAUUUGUGUUUAUUUUAAAAACACACAAAGGCCCACCAAACAAGUACUUUUCAAAAUACCCUCGUACAUUCACAUAUAUAGUCACCUAACUGAAAACAUGCACUUUUCUGUGAAAGGUCUAAACUUAAUCAACAUUUUUUAAAGCUAUCUAUCUCAAAUAAACGCAUAAAGCAUGAAAAUUCAGUAUUUUCAGGUUGCCUGAGGUAGUAUUAGAAAAACCCCCGUAUAUCCGAAACUACUCAUAGGAUCGGUUUGUACCCAUGAGAACUUUUAUUCAGGAGGUCGAAAUAUACAACAUACCAAAAUUUGGUUGAAUUCCGCGUUCAACCAAAAUCCCAUAAGAAGUGUGCGGGGUCCUUUGUAGGUAAUAUCAGAAAGUUUUCAAUGAUGUUUAUUGUUUUAUUUUUGUUUUUUUUUCUCCUUAAGUAUAUAUAUAUAUAUAUAUUUUUUCCUGGGUAGCUUAGAUUGUUUUUCCUUAAGUUUAUAUUUUGUUAUUUCUUGUUUUUCUUUUAGUGUUAACGCUUACUUGCUGCAGGUUUUAUAAUAUAUAUACCUAACCAAUUUAUUAUUUUUUGUUGUAAUUUUGCUGUUAAUGGGGUUAUCCCGUAUAAUAAAUAAAUAAAUAAAUGAUGUUAGUUACAAGUAUACAGGGUGUCUCACAAAAGUGUAGCGAAGCAAAGUUAUACUUUUUUAAAUGGAAAAUCCCAUAUAAUAGUGUCCUAUUGGAUUAGCCUUUCAAACCUGAUUCCAAAUAUACUAGGUUUUUUAGGUUUAUUCCUAAUAGUCUAGGAGAAAAAAGGACAAAAAUGGGUGGAAUAAUUCCAUUUUUAUUGAAAAAGGUGAAGUAUAGAGACCACCAGCAAAAUAUAAAGGUAUAUUAUUUCUUCAAAAUGCAAAAUGCAAAAGGCAUAUUAUUUCUUCAAAAUGGUAUAUUCAAAGGCUGGACUAUGAGGAAUAAACCUAAAAAACCUAGUAUAUUUGGAAUCAGGUUUGAAAGGCUAAUCCAAUGGUACAAUAACAUAGGGGGUUUUCCAUUUCUGAUAUUACCUACAACUUUCACAUUUGUCAUUUCUGGGUAUCUCUUCAAGCAGGUGAGAUAGGUGUGGGUGCAAAAUAUAGACAAUCACCCGGUACAUCAUAUGCCGAUCGUUUUUCGAUGGAUUUUUAUUCAUAAAAUAUCGAUUGUUAUGAUCUGCAUCCGUUAUUAAAUCAUUUCAAAGCUAGUUUUUGUUUUUACCAAUAAAAAAUUAACUUCUUCAGUGCAAGACCCGCGGUAACCCGCUUAUUUUGCUUGCAUGUUAACGAGUAUAUGCACAAUUACAAUUACCAAAACCUCUGAUGGCAUUGGUUAUACAUUCGUUCAGAGCUGUCAAAGAUACUUUCAAAAAUUAUCCAGUUACAAGGUGUAGUUAUUUUCCUAACAAUAAUUAUACGAACGACGCGAAGUGGAGUUCGGAUAAGUGUUUGCGUGCGGAAAGGACACUUUGCGCACGCGUUAGGAACAAAUUUUUUCCUACGAGCGUCAUAUCCAGGCAGGUAACAACAAAAAUUUAAAAAAAAAACGAUAAUUUGUUCAAUUAUUCUCAAUUAACUUGAAGCGGACCUAUUCAUCAAAAAAUUACAUAACAAAAAAAAUAAUAAUAAUAGAAAAUAUUUGUCAGAGCUGUUCAUCCUAAUAGCAUUUAAAUUUAUUGGGAAACAAGUUUGUAGAUUCUUGCAUAUAUUAUAAAUGGAGAACAAAUCUGACAAUGUGUCCAAGUUAAUUAUAUGCGGUGUUUGUAUAGAUCUUGGCUGAUACAGAAACAGAGAAAAAAUCAUUUGUAAAACUCGACAGGUGCUUGACAAUCAGUUUUAUUUUUUGGCACUCAGUGCGGAUACAGACCUUAUCCGCACGGAGUGCCGAAAAGUGUAGCUUUGAGCACGAAAAUGCGUGCGGAAAAGUACUACUUCGCGCACGCUCGUAGGAAAUGUUUUUCUUGGAAAAAGUAACUGAAGUUACUUUGGGUAUUUAGUUAGUCAUUAAAAAAAAGAUCUUAAAUAUGUAUCUUAGGUUACUUUUGAAGAUACUUAAUAAGAUAGAAUAGAAUACAAUAGAUAAAAAUUUUAUUAUGCAAAAAUACAAAGAAAAAUAUGCCAAUUACAUAAUAGGUAGCAUUCGCUUAGCGUUCUUCCAUACUACCCUAACAGAAAUACAAACUUAGCUGCUAACGAGUACAUAUCAAUUACAUUUUUCUAACAUCAUAUUGGUAAGGAACAUUUUAUAGUGAUGUUUAAAGCUUGCAAGAGAUUUAGUAUCUAUUAGGACAAAUGUGUUUAAGUUAAGGAGUUCUAUACACCUAUAAGCAAAAGAAUUUCUAAACUUAGAUGUGAAAUGCCGUGGAUUGUGAAAUCUAACCACAUUUCUUAGAGGUAGGUCAUGCAAGUCUUGCUGGCAAUAAUGAAACUCCUUGGAUAAGGUGGACAAUUUGACUUGUAAACUUUAUACACAAAAAUACCAAAAUUAAGCAAUGAUCUGUAUUCAUAUUUCAAUAUAUCAUGCGCAACAUAUACAGGUGAAAUAUGAUCAAAUUUAUUUAUACAGUAAACAAAAUGCAUGCAAGCAUCCUGUGCCAUUUGAAUUUUUUUGUGAUAUUCAUUACUUAGGUAAUUGCAAUAAACUAUGUUGCAGUAAUCUGUGGAUAAAUAAGCGAAUCAAUGAGUAUUAGCUUAAUUUUUUUCAGACAGCAAAUACUAGGUUUUCAACAUUUUCAACAUGUGGCAAAAGCAUUUAAGUAUCUGAGAUACUUUUUGGUAUCUAAGAUACUUUUUUAAGAUACAAGUUACAGAUCCGUUUAAAAAGUAUUUAAGAUACAGUACUUAUCUUAGAUACUAUAAAGUGAGUGAGAUACUUUUUUCUGACAGCUCUGCUAUCGUUGCAAUUUUUGGCAGUGGGCCUACAGUCUAUAAUGAUUAUAAUAAUAAUUAUUAAAAAUAAAUCUGUAUGUAUUUCAA